AUGUCUGACCUCCUCAACCGUGUCAAUAUCCUCUUUGCCACUGUUGAUGCUGCGGUUGUUCAAAUGUGGGCUAAUACAGAUGUUCCUGUAAGCCCCCCGCAAUCUGCCUCAGUUGUCAUGGUUGUUCCUGAAAGGAUCGGUCAGCAUCCUUGGCUGCUAAUUAAGUUUGGGGACACUGUCCAUGUCCAUUCACUUGAUGCUGGAUUUGCCAACGACACCUUCCACCAAUCAAAAGCGCCUGAGGCACAUGGGAUAUCUCUCCAGAUAAAGGAAGUAGUUUUCCAUAUUUAUCUCCCAAUUCCUGCGGUAUUCUGGUGCUUCAUGCAUAUCGCGACUGGGUCGUAUUACGACCCCAAGCGUGGUUCUGGGCUCACCGAGGAAAUGCUCGCGGAUGCUUGGAAGGACUUUACUGUCCCUGGCAACUUCGGAUUUCAAUGCCCUUGGCAAAUGCUCUCAUAUGAAGAUAUUUAA